AUGAGCAAUAAUUUUCGUGUGCGGUUCGCGCCAAGCCCGACGGGUGAGCCACACGUCGGCAACAUCCGCACCGCCAUAUUCGACUGGCUACUUGCGAAGCGUCACGGCGGCGAGUUCAUCGUGCGUAUCGAAGAUACUGACAGGGCGCGCGCGGUUGACGGCGCAGUCGAGGUUAUCAUCGAGGCGCUGAAGUGGCUUGGCCUGAGACUGAAGUACGCACCAUACAAGCAAUCUGAGCGAUUGGCGUUGUAUUCUGAGCAUGCCGAGCGGCUGGUUGAAGCCGGCUUCGCGUAUAAGUGCUACUGCUCUCCCGAAAGGCUGGACGCGGUAAGAAAGUCUCGAUCGAAACAGGACAAUGCAACAGGGUACGACCGUAGGUGCCGUGAUCUCAGCCAAGACGAGCGCGCGGAACGGCCGGUCGUGCGCUUCAGGAUGCCACUCGAAGGCACAACGACCGUGGACGACCUUGUGCGCGGCGAAGUUACAUUCGAGAACCGCCUAGUGGACGACUUCGUCAUGUUGAAGUCGGACGGCUUUCCCACAUACCAUCUCGCGCACCUCAUAGACGACCAUGAGAUGCAGAUUACGCAUGUGCUGCGCGGCGAGGAGUGGCUGCCGAGCGUGCCACGACAUCUUCAGCUUUACGAGGCGCUGGGAUGGAAGCCGCCGCUUUUCGCGCACCUGCCAAUCAUACUCGCGCCGGACCGCUCCAAGCUCAGCAAGAGGCACGGCGCGACUUCCCUGCUCGACUACCGGGAGAUGGGCUACCUGCCCCACACGAUGGUCAACUUCCUGACACUGCUGGGCUGGUCGCUGGACGAUAAGACAGAGUUGUUCACUCUAGAUUCGCUCAUCGAGAAUUUUUCGAUUGGGCGUGUCUCAAAGGCAGGGGCGAUAUUCAACACUGAGAAGCUGGACUGGAUGAACGGACACUAUAUCCGCGAGAUGAGCGCAGACGAACUCGCAGAUACCCUGCUGGACUUCUGGCAGGCGUUCCCGCCUUUGGAAAUCCCUACCCUGCCAUCGCGCGAGCUUGCGCUGAAGAUCGUGCCCUGGUUCAGGAGCGCCUGA